CACCUCCUCCAGAUGGUAAAAGAACAAUGUCUGCAGGUGUUGUGGCUGGAGUUGUGAUCUCCAUAGUAGGCUUUAUCUUCUUGGUUUUAGGUUUUCUUUGGUGGAGAGGCUGUCUAUGUAACAAGAGCACAAUGAAUAAAGAUCUGAUAGGUUUGGAUGUGCAAACUGGAUCCUUCACCUUAAGACAGAUCAAAGAUGCCACAAACAAUUUUGAUGAUGGAAACAAAAUAGGACAGGGUGGUUUUGGAUCUGUGUACAAGGGUCUCCUAUCAGAUGGUACCCUUGUAGCAGUUAAGAAGCUUUCUUCAAAAUCAAAGCAAGGAAAUCGUGAAUUUCUAAAUGAGAUAGGAAUGAUAUCUGCCCUGCAUCACCCUCAUCUUGUAAAGAUUUAUGGUUGCUGUACUGAAGGAAAUCAAUUGCUGCUAGUAUACGAGUACAUGGAAAAUAAUAGCCUUGCCCGUGCCUUGUUUGGUCCUGAAGAAUGCCACUUGAAAUUGGAUUGGCCAACUAGGUACAAGAUAUGCAUUGGGAUAGCAAGGGGUCUUGCUUAUCUCCAUGAAGAAUCCACUUUGAAGAUUGUACACAGAGACAUCAAAGCUACUAACAUUUUGCUUGAUAAGGAUUUGAACCCUAAGAUAUCUGACUUUGGCUUGGCCAAGCUUGAUGAAGAGGAAAACACUCACAUAAGCACUCGAGUUGCUGGAACCUUUGGAUAUAUGGCACCAGAGUAUGCGAUGAGGGGUCAUUUGACAGAUAAAGCAGACAUAUACAGUUUUGGAAUUGUUGCCUUGGAAAUUGUCAGUGGGAAGAGCAACUCAGGUUUUAGGCCAGAGGAGGAUGUUUAUCUUCUUGAUUGGGUUCAUAUUCUGAAAGAGAAAGGUGCACUCAUUGAUAUAGUCGAUCCAAUGUUAGGAUCAGAAUUUAAUGAGGAACAGGUUGUGGGAAUGAUUAAUGUGGCUCUCUUAUGCACCAAUCCCUCUGCAUCACUUAGGCCCGCCAUGUCAUCUGUUGUGAGUAUGCUUGAAGGCCAAGUCAGUAUUCAGGAAUUUGCUUCAGAUGCAAGUUUCUGCGAUGAAAAUUUGAGCUUCAAGGCUGCGAUCAGACGUUAUAAACAGAAUCAAGAUCAGAGCAUUAGUGAGAGCCAGACACAGAGCAUGUUGAUUGAUGGACCAUGGAGUGGAUCUACAGCUGCCCAAGAUCUUUACCCAACCGAUCUAGAUUCAAGGUAUUGGGAUCACAGAGAAUAGAUUAUGUACAAUAUUGUUUGUAUGCUUACUAUUUUUACAUGAUGAUUUGAGACUUGGUAUUAAACAGAAUGGAAUGACCAAACAGGAUUCAUGUAGCCGGCCCCAUAUAGUUGGGAUAAGGUUUGGGUGAUGAUGAUGAUGUGUUAGUUUGGCAGCUUCUAUAAAAACCUGGAUUGCAUGUUAGAUUAUUGUUGUGCUUGUUCAUUUAAAAACAGCCUGCAUAGUACUAGUUGUUCCCAUCUAUCUAGCUCUUGGGUGAAGCUCAACUUUGAUUGCUGAUGACCGGGCAACCUGGACCACCUAUCAUGAGUGGGAUGACUGACCAGGACCAGAGCUGGCAGGUGAUUGUACAUUUCUGGCUCCAUUGAUGAAAGAAGGAUGUGCAGUGUGCUUGUUCAGUUGUUAUUUCGAAUGUCAAAAGGAUCUAGAUCAAUUACUUCUAUGAAACCUGUGAUUUUACUUUGUGCA